UGAGCAGGGCUCUGAAUAGUUCCAUUCACCUUGGCAGGGGAACCCAGAGAAAGGAAUUUUGUUUGGAGUCCUGAAGAAGCCAGGGCUCAGGACUGUGAUUUGCCUUUGAAAUCAGGCCCCCUCCCCUCCCAUUCCCAGGGGUCCCUCAGUCACUUCCCUGCUCACCCACUGCCGGCCCCAACAGUCUUCUUGAAGACACUGUCGCCAGCCACAUCAGCACUCAGCAUCGUAGGUCCAGGUGGCUCACCAUGGACCCCAGAGCCCUCUGCUUCCUGUCCUGUUGCCUGCUCAUCUGUGUGAUUUCAGCUGAGAUCCAGGAGCGUGGCAGAACUCUGAAGGCGCAGAAAAAAAGGGGCCUCAAAACAGCCAGACCUGGUGAAGUGAAGCCCUCAGGAGCCCCAGGCCAGAGAAAACCCAAAUCAGACCGGAGCCAGAAGUCUCAGCAGAAGAAGACGCCUUUGGUGGUUGUUACCCCCAGUCCCCCGGCGUCCUCCAUCCUGACCCAGGUGUUAGGGAGAGGCCACUUCCAGGAGGUGGGGGACUCUCUAAGCCUGCGGGCUGGUGAGACCCUAGAGCUGCGCUGCCUGGGGAAGAUGGUCCAUUGGAAGGUGCCUGUGUACCUGGAAGAGGAGGGCGAGGGACGCCUGAGAAUCAAGCACUUCAGCCAGCAUAGUCGGCUACAGCUGGUGAACUCCACCGGCGCGGACACAGGCGAAUACAGCUGCUGGGCUCGGCACUGCCAGGACGCCCAGUGCUCGGAAGGCGAGGACCGCCAGGGAAAGACCUUCAUCUUCUUCACAGACCCAGAAGAACUCUUUGUCCCCACAGAGAAUUAUUAUGAGGUGAUACAGUUACGCAGCCAUCAAUCAGUCCUGCUUCCCUGCCAGGUGACCAACCCCCUGGCCCAGGUGACGCUGCAUCGGGAGUUCCCCCCAGAGGAGGUCCCAGUGGAUGGGACAGACAUCUCCUUUGAUGUGAAGAAGGGCUUCACCAUCCACCGGCCCCGAGCUUCCUUGGCUGGUUCUCUCUUCUGCUUGGCCAGCCUCGGUGGCAUGAGACAAAUCUCUACCAAGUACAUGCUGAUCUACAUCAACUACCCAUCUUCCUCCCCCAAACCCACCAUCCAAGCUUCAGCAACAUCGGUCCAACUGGGAGAGAACUUCAAUGUAACCUGCACAGUUCUGAGUGAACCGGAGAUUGCUGUGGAUUUCCGUUGGGAAUAUCCAGGGCAGAAGCUGGGCCGACCCCCCUACAUCAGCGAGUGGACCAACGUGGUACGCCAGAGGGGCCAGGUACAGCAGGAAGCAGGGAGCACCCUGUAUGUGGCCGAGGCGCGGGCUGGGGAUGCUGGCGCCUACAUCUGCCGGGUCACCAACCUUCAAGGCACUGGGACUGCCAUCACCCGUGUCCGUGUGACCCGAAACCCUCGGGUCUCCCCUGCCCCUUCCUAGCUCCCUUCCCGGCUGCAGGCAUCUGGCUGUGGAAUAGUGGGCAGAAGCAGGAGAAGGCAACUGUGUGAAUGUUGGUGUGUUCCUAUGCCAAGGAGGUGCCCCCACAGGGCAGAAACAACCUUCGCCUUCACCCCUUACACUCUCCCAUGUGUGCUUCCACCCCUCUCUUUAACUUCGCUGCCUCAUUCCAAUCCCUGAUCUGUUCUGACGACCAGUCUUCACUCCCACCUCAGGUGCUGAGACUGGGCAAAGCAAGGGC